GCUGCUGCCGUCAGCUGCAGUUGCCUGGUACCUGGAUUAUCAGGUUCUCAGAUUGACAUUUCGACUUUUACUACUACUGCAGUAUCAAGGGAAGACAUUUCCGAAAGUUUGAUCAUUCGAAGGAAUUAAAAACAAGAGAUCAAAAUGACUGUUGAAGAUAUGAAAGUGUUGGAAUCAGAUUUAGAAAGACAAGAAUUGGAGGCUGCAGGUGGAGCACCACUGCCAGCAUCAGUCUACACGCAGUUGUUAGCUGUUUACCUCUACCACAAUGAUCUAUGCAAUGCUAAAAUGCUGUGGAAGCGAAUUCCUGAUUCUGCAAAGUUGGCUGACGAGGAGCUGAAUGCUGUUUGGAGAAUAGGGCAGAGAAUGUGGCAGAGGGACUUGUACCUUGUUCAUGUUGCUCUAGCCCAAACUGACAGCUGGUCAGAGCCUGUUGCCCCUAUUAUGGAUGCUCUCAAAGGACAAGUUCGCAGCCGUGCCUUGGAAUUAAUAGGUUCAGCUUACUCCUCCAUCACUGUCGAGUCGUUGGCUAGACUCUUGGGCGAAACCCCUGCUCAAGCUUUGGCUUCAGCUGCAUCUCAGCCUGGAUGGCAAAUUGUCGACAGCAACAUGAUUCUCCCUAAAAAACCAGUUCCUCCACCUGGACCGCCAUUGACCAGCGAAGAUCAGCUUGACAAGCUCACCGAGUUUGUAUCUUUCCUUGAAAAUUAAAAUAAAUGCUAAGUGUGUAGAAAAA